AUGACGCACGGGAAGGGGAUGAAAUACCUCUAUUUUCUCUUCUCUCUUCCUUACUCUCCUCAUCACUCCCCUCCUUCCUCCUUCCCACUCCCGCCUCUCUCGAUCGAGGAUCUGGAGUUGCCGGUGUGGAAUUACGACGGGAGUUCCACGUAUCAGGCGGAGGGAAGCAAUUCCGACGUGUACCUCUACCCCUGUGCAAUCUACAGGGAUCCGUUCCGACUCGGCAACAAUAAACUCGUCCUCUGCGAGACCUACAAGUACAACGGGAAAUGCACAGGUCGAGGGCGGAACGUGAUCGGGCGACUUUGGGAUUCUCCCCGAACAGAGACGAACAAGAGGAAGUCGUGCAAGGAGGUGAUGGAUCGAGCAAAGGACUACGUCCCCUGGUUCGGGAUCGAGCAGGAAUACACGCUGCUGGAUCAAGACGGUCACCCGUUCGGUUGGCCCAAGAACGGCUUCCCUGGACCCCAGGGUCCCUACUACUGCGGGGUCGGAGCGAACAAGGUCCACGGCAGAGACGUCGUCGAGGCUCACUAUCGGGCUUGCAUGUAUUCCGGCGUGAAGAUCGCCGGCUCCAACGCCGAAGUCAUGCCCGCCCAGUGGGAGUUCCAAGUGGGGCCGUGCGAAGGGAUCACGAUGGGAGACGAUCUGUGGAUGGCGAGAUACCUGCUCCAUCGGGUGGGUGAGGACUUCGGGAUCGUCGCCUCCUUCGACCCGAAGCCGGUUCAGGGCGACUGGAACGGGGCCGGCGCUCACUGCAAUUUCUCCACCAAGGAUAUGCGCGUCGAGAACGGCAUCACGGCGAUCGAGGCGGCGAUCGACAAGCUGUCUCGUCAUCACGUGCGUCACAUCAAGGCAUACGACCCGAACGAAGGGAAGGACAACGAACGGCGACUCACGGGACUCCACGAGACUUCCUCCAUCCACGACUUCUCAGCUGGGGUGGCGAAUCGAGGAACGAGCAUCCGAAUCCCUCGGACGGUGGCAGCAGAGAAGUGCGGAUACCUGGAGGAUCGCCGCCCGUCUUCCAACUGCGACCCCUAUUCCGUGACGGAGGUCCUCGUCCGAACCACGUGCCUGGACGAAUGAACGCUGCCCGCCCCCCCCACUUCAUCUCGAAUAGCCCCACUUCUGCACGUCCCUCUCGCAUGAUUCCCAUUUAUCGACAGUGUAUCCUGUAUAUAUAUAAUCCACCCACCUAGGCUAUUUGUACAGGGAUCUCGCCGUUUCUCCCUUCCUUACCUCGUCCUUUCCAGUGAGGUCUUUUCAGAGGUAUUUACAAUCUCGAGAACUCAACCACUCUUUUUUUUUGAGGAUGGAUUUCGUUUCUAAAUUAUUUACGACAAAAACUGAAAACUGCUAAAAAAGAUGACUUCCCUUUAAAGGUGAGCUUGCUUUUCCUAUUGCAGUUCCGUUCCGUGUGUUGAAGUGGCGUUCUUUCAACUGCUUUUCUCUUUCGAGUGUGUCAUGGUCGGAGUCUCAGAUGUAAAUGCUGCCUGUUUGUAACCUUGUAAUUUGGCAUGAAGCAAGUGAGAGAUGAUGCGAGCGAGGAAUUGUAUUCAGUUGUGUGGCUUGUGAAUGAUGUAAUUUGGAAUGAAAGCGAUCGGACGACGCGGCUUUAUGAACUCUACUUUAGAUGAGAGUGACUCGCAUUUUAUUCUCCCGUCUUCUGCCUGUCAUCCCGGAUGGAAAGUGAUCUAUGGAGGUGUCUAUCGCUAGUUAGAUGCGGGAAUAGAUUCCUGUCUUGGCA